AUGAGGAGGGACAUCCUGAGGUGCUGGGCUGUGUUCGUGGCACUGACGGGACCGAGCGUGGCCGAGGAUUUCCCAUGGACCAAGAACAAUCCAGGCUCCUUCUACUACGGCACUUUUCCAGCUGGAAUAUUUAGCACCAAGACCAAUCAGCAGGAAGAUGCUUCAAUAACUCCCCUGUUUUUACCUUCAGGUUUCCUGUGGGGUGUUGGAAGUUCUGCCUACCAGACCGAAGGGGCCUGGGACAAAGAUGGGAAAGGACUGAGCAUCUGGGAUGUUUUCACUCACAGGAAAGGGAAAGUGGUCAGGAAUGAGACGGGAGAUUCCGCCUGUGAUGGCUACUACAAAGUCAAGGAUGACAUUCAGUUACUGAAGGAGCUGAAGGUGAAUCACUACCUCUUGUCCAUCUCAUGGCCAAGGAUUAUGCCCACAGGCAUCAAAGCUGAGCAACUGAAUGAGAAGGGAAUACAGUUCUACAAUGACACAAUUAACAGUCUUCUGGAAAACAAUAUCACCCCUAUUGUGAGCCUCUACCACUGGGAUCUGCCACAGGUUCUUCAAGAAAAGUAUGGUGGCUGGCAGAAUAUAAGCAUGAUUAAUUAUUUUAAUGAUUAUGCAAAUCUGUGUUUUGAGAAGUUUGGUGACCGUGUGAAACACUGGAUCACGUUCAGCAAUCCUUGGGCAGUGGCUGAAAAGGGCUAUGAGACAGGAGAACACGCACCAGGACUGAGGCUCGGCGGCUGCGGCGCCUACAAGGCUGCUCAUCACAUCAUUAAAACUCAUGCCAAGGUUUGGCACUCCUACAACAACACCUGGCGCAGGGAGCAGAGAGGGAUGGUUGGAAUUUCCCUAACGAGUGGCUGGGGGGAACCUGUUGAUCCACACAGUCAAACAGACAGAGAUGCUGCUGAAAGGUACAUCCAGUUCCACCUGGGAUGGUUUGCAAACCCCAUUUACAGAGGGGACUACCCAGAAGUCAUGAAGAAUUAUGUAGGUAGGAAGAGUGCCCAGCAGGGCCUGGGGACAUCGAGAUUACCAACUUUCUCAGUGCAAGAGAAAACCUAUAUUAAAGGCACCUCGGAUUUCCUGGGAAUUGGUCAUUUUACCACUCGUUAUGUUCUGCAGAAGAACUUUCCCUUCCUCCAAGUGUCCAGUUACCACACUGACCGUGACCUGGCUGAACUGGUGGACCCCAACUGGCCAGCUCCAGGCCCCAAGUGGCUCUAUUCUGUGCCCUGGGGGUUCAGGAGGUUGCUCAACUUCGUUAAGACCCAGUAUGGGAACCCCCUGAUUUAUGUGACAGAGAAUGGAGUGUCUGAAACAGUGCAGUGCCCUCAGCUGUGUGAUGAGUGGAGGAUCCAGUACCUGAAGGGAUACAUCAACGAGAUACUCAAAGCUCUAAAUGAUGGUGUAAAUGUCAAAGGUUACACUGCCUGGUCACUGCUGGAUAAAUUUGAAUGGAACAAAGGCUUCUCCGAAAGAUUUGGGCUUUACCACAUUGACUUCAAAAACAAGAACAAACCACGGUACCCAAAGGCAUCUGUUGAUUACUAUAAAAAGAUUAUCAGUGCAAAUGGAUUCCCAAAUCCAAGAGAGGUGGAAAACUGGCAUCGGAAGGCCAUGGACAGCUGCUCUGCCACACACCAACACCUUGCUGCAGAUUCCCUGAUUACUCACAUGGAAAUGGUGACAGAGAUUGUUCUUCCUACAGUUUUCACACUCUGCAUUCUCAUCAGUAUUGUCCUCCUCAUAUUCUACCUUCGAAAUCACAGCUAAAAUUGAUGUUUGCACACAUC